AUGGAGGCCUUCGUCGGCGCCGUGGGCGACGUCCCGCUGCUGUCGGAGGUGCAGAAGUCCGUGACGGAUGUGCUCACCGGUGCAGGCUUCGCAUUGCCUGAUUACUUGCCAGGCACACCCGCUGCAACAGUCGAUACUUUGAUCGGCACGUUGCAGGGUCCGGUAGGAGGCUUGCUGAAGAGGACGUUCGAACGGGCCGAUGACGUGGCCACGGCAAAACGUGUCAAAGCCGUGGCCGUCUCGCCGCCUGGUGCACAGCCAGGCUUGGGCGGAGCGUUGGCUGCGUCGCACCCUGUCCCUGGCCCACUUACUGGGUCGCUGGUGGGCCUUCUUGGGCCCGAUGCAUCAGCGGGGGCAGUGGCGCGUGCCCUCACUGCUGGCGCCGCGUCAGUUGACAUGGACGCCAAGCGGAAGGCACUGAAGCUGGAGGGCCUCCCGUUCCAGCUGCGCGCGCAGCCGUCCUUGUUCCAGCUCUUGGCUGCGGAUGGCAAAGCGGCUGAAGGGGCGACCCCACCGCGCACAGCGUUCACAUAUGUGGACUUGACCCACAAGGAUUUGCUUCCCUUGUGGAUGAGCGCGGAGGCCAUCGGCGGCCAUACUCCGAGGCCGGGGGAGUUUGAGUGGGACCCCAAUGCGGAUACCAUUUCCCUCGGCGCCCUCGGCAGGGCGUUCAAGGAUGUCCUCGAAAACCCCCGCUAUUUUCGCAGCGUGGUGCAGUGGAACGCAGUGUGGUUCCGCUACGCACCUGUGGCCGUUGCGAUGGGGCAGAUGACGUGGCCGAUUGUGUUGUCCCACGCCGACCAUAUGUACAAGCUCGCCGAAACUGAACGCCACCCAGGGAAUGGCCCUGCAGUAGUCUUCGUCUACGACGAGCUGCUCCGGCGGUCGCUGGCCACCCGCGCUGAGUGGGCGGACCCGUCGUUGGAUCUCGCCGCUGCGUUCGGCGAGACGGACAAGCAGAUCCUGGAGGCGGCGCGGUCCAGGCUCCACCAGGCGGGCCUGGUGCGUCAGGCUCCAGGGGCUGGGAGGUCAAGUGGGUCAACCGCAUUUUCGAAUGAGGCGAACAGCAGGGCCAUAGAGGCAGCCGAUGCUGAUCGCACGGUUGCGCGCGCAGCGCAAGCUGCGAAGGAACUGGCAAAACAGCAUGCUAACCUGGAGGCGCCCAUGGCGGCCAUGGCGGCCAGCAAAGGCCCCAAGGGCAAGGGCGCCGCCAACAGCCAGGACGCGCGCCAGGGCAAGACGAGUAAGCAGUUGAAGUCGGAGAGAUUCUUCGAGAAGCAGCGCCAGAAAGCGAACUACAGGAGGUGGGGCAAGGAUCGGGGCGGGGAGCCCCGCAAAGUGCGCGUGCAGCAGACUUCCGGUCCUGGUGCCGCGCCGCACGGCUUGGGGGCCCCAGCGGGGUUCGACCCGAUGCAGCAUAAAGCGGCGCGGGCGGCGGCUGCUACGACGCCCGCCCAGUUGUACGGGCUACGGCGCGUGAGGCUGGAACACUGGGCGCUCCGCGCGCUGCAGUUGCAGGGCGAGCGGGCGCAAUGGCUCGGAGAUGCGCCGGCUCAUCUCCAGAAGAUGCUGGCCGGCAUCCAUGGCCCGCUCAAGGGUCUCCAGUUCGUCGGUGCCCCCCCUGCUUGCCCAGACUUCUGCAGGCCAGGCGGAGAGCAGCUAUGUACUCUCACUGUCGCCGAGCUGCGGGCCCAGCGCUCGGAACGGAACAACUUCGUUAUCUCGAAGAUCAAGCCGUCCGAGUGGUACGGUGACCUCUGGGCACUCACAGUGGCAGACGCAAGCGCCGGGUACAUGACGACGCCGCAGCUGCUUCAGGAGGUGGACCUCGCCACGGCGUCUGUGACUCGGCGCCUGCCAGUGCGCGAGGAGACGCCAAAGGGCUGGCGCGCGCGGCCAGUCGACGAUUUCACCGAGUCGGGGGUCAAUCCGGCGACGAGGCCCCGCGAUGCCAUCGAGCACGAGACGGUGGACCUUUUCCUCGCGUUGCUCCCCCUGUGCUUGUCCCUUGGCAUGGGCCCGCUGAUGUGGAAGAGGGGCGUCGCGCAGGCUUUCAGGACAGUCCCUCUCCGAUCAGAUUCGCUCGAUCUGGCGUGGGUGGCGUUCGCCCGCGCGGGGCACUUAUGGGCUUCGCAGCGCAGGGCAAUGCCAUUUGGGUCCACUUCGGCCAACUAUGGGUGGCACCGGGUUGGCAGCUUGCUCAAAGCCGCCAUGGUGUUCGACUUUUUCGCGCCUGCGCGCAGGUACGUCGACGACUUCUUCGGGUGCGACCCGCGCGACUGCAAGGUCACAGGCGGCGCGUGCCUGGCGGUGAUCUGCGGGCCCCUGGGCUUCGAGACGGACCCCUCGAAGGACAGCCACCAAACUGAGUGUCUGACUGCAUUGGGUGCUCAGGUGGCUUUGAACGUCGCAUGCUUAUCUGUGUCAGCUGCCGUGGACGCGACCAAGGCGGCACGGUGGAGUGCGGAGCUGUCCCAGAUGCGGGAAUCCCGGCGCUGCAGUCCAGACGUUGCUGCCCGGUACGCCGGCAGGCUGGCCUUUGCAUGCGUUUUGGCAUCAGGGAAGGUGGGGCGCGCCCUCGUAAAGCCGUUCCACGCUCAGGCGAACGCCCCUCUGCCGGGGUUUUCCGUGUCGCCGCUCCUGGAGAACGCGGCCGCGUGGUGGGUGAAGUACCUGGCCCUACGGCCACCCGCCCAGUUAUCGGUGGGCCUCGCUGUCCGCGACACUGCGUGGGCGUGGGCGGACGCCAGUGGCGAGGGCGGUUGUUUGGGGGUUGUCGCAUUCGUGUGCGGCCAGUGGCACUGCGCCCUCAUGGACGCCCCCGCCGUGGUCAUGGGCCAGCUGCUCACGAGGGGCGACGACCAGAUCAACUUCCUCGAGAUGCUCGCGGUGGCCCUCUUCGCGCACGUGUUCGCCGAGCUGGCGAACCUGCUGGCCGGCAGGCUGUGGCUGCAUGCGGCCCAGUGGGCGUGGGCCCCAUAUUGGGUUCGCGUAGAGCGCCGGGGCGCGAUCUGGGUAGAGCCAUCGCUGCCUGCCGAGCUUGAGACCAUUUGGUUUAUGAAUGUGCGCCAGCUGGCCGCGUCCGUAGCCGCGCGUGCUCAGGGUUGGUGGCUCCGCGAUGCGGCGUGCGAUGCUUUCCUGUGGGGCGAGCGCAACAGGGCGCAGCAUAUCGCCAAAUCCCUGGCGGGCAUCGCGCCCACGCGGCGUGCACUGGCGGAGACCGGAGCGGGCCACCUGGCAUCCGAUGCAACGUCGUGGGCAGCAGGCGGCGCAGCGGCUGUAACAUUUGCCAAUCAAGCGUCGCGGGACUGGAAGGCCGCGCCCCGACUCCAUCGCACCCAGGGGUGGACAGAGGAGCCGUGCAGGGUAAGGCCGUUUGCUGCCUUGAAGGCGACAGAGUAUUUGGAUUACGUGGACAACCUGGACAAAUGGCUCCAGUCAGUCGACGACGUGCCGUCGGACCCGGCAUGUUGCCGGAGGCUCGCGGCCGUGCUCGUGGAGCAUGGUUUCCGCGACUGGCGCCACCUGGACUCCGUCAGGCCAGAGUCCCUCCAGGCGAAGAACGUGAACCAGGCGGCCCUGCUGCAGCGCGCUGUGGACAAGGCCACCGCGCUGGGCCUCAGGUUGAGGCGGGGCACUGGGCCAACCGGCGAAGCCAUCCCAGCUGGGCCUUGGCGCGCUGCCUCCAUCGGGGUUGCGCCCGAGCCAGCCGCGGCGAAGUCGGCGCUCGACGCCGCGACCGGGUUGUCCCAGUCCGCGGUCACCUCUGCGCAAGGUGCGUGGGCCAAAGAGGCCAAGAGGUUGGGCGUGCCUGUUCAAGGCGCUACGCCCAGGGCCGUCAUUGGGCACCUGGCCACUUCUGCUCCUGGCCCCGACGCGGUGCAGCUCCUCGACGAGCGCGCCAGGCUCUUGCGGUUAGAAUGCAAGCGUGGUUCUCUCCAGUCAGUUGCGUCAGGUCUCAGGGCAUGGCACGCGUUUGCGACCCUGGUCCUCGGGUAUCCUGAUGUUGCCACCCUGCCGCCGAGGAGCGAACAGGACGUGUGCCGGUUCCUCGCGGUCUUCGUCAACGCUGGCACCGCAGCCAAUUAUGUCGGCUAUGUCAAGUGGGCAUGCGUCAACCUGGCGUUGCCCACCGCGUGGUGGACCGAGGCGGUCACGCUCACUAUCAGGGGCCUGCGCGCGGAGCAGAUCCGGGCCACAGGUGGGCCCGCCAGCGUGAGAGUGUUGCUUGCCGACGACUGGGUGGCGCAGCUAGCGUGCCUGGCGGAGUCCAUGCGCAUGCCCUCGGUGCAGGCGGCGGUGCUGGUGUCCUCGGUGUUUUUGCUGAGAGUGCAGAGCGAGACGAUCGGCUUGGAGGCCGGCAGGCGUUGCGAAGCGCAGCUCUUGCCUCGCGGCCGGCACAGCGCCGUCUGGAUCGAGCAGAAUGGCGGGUCUGCCGACGCGCUCCACAUCCGGCUCGCGAGGCGCAAGAACAGGCCACAGGGGAGCACGUUGAUACGGACGUGCGCCUGCGCUGGUGGGCAUUCCAGGUGCUGCGCGGUCCACACCGUGACGCCCAUCUUGCGUUCAAGGGAUGUGGGGGGGAAGCUUUUCGAAUUCUCUAGCGCGCACCUCCUCGAGCAGGUGCGCCGUCUGCUGGGACUACUGGGCCAUAGAUGUGCGAACCACUGCACGUUGAAGGGUUUCCGUGCUGGCCGCGCGACGUCACUAGCAGCGGCGGGCUCGCCUCUGGGUGUCAUUCUGGCUGCAGGCGAGUGGAGGUCGGCCGCCUUCUUGCGCUACUGCCAUGCCGACGAGCUGUCCGCGACGUCGAUGAUUGAGGUGGCCUGCGAGGACAACGAUGACGAGGACUGA